AUGAAACAUCCUUUCCAAAUACUAGUUUCUAAUGAGUUAGGAACACUUGUUUUUGUUGCGGUACAAAACCAUAUUCUUGUGUUUGAAACAAGCACUGGAGAUCUCGUUGGAUCAUGGUUUGACCAGCAACAAUCCCAACAUAUUAAUAAACAGCAAGAGAAAAAGACGGGUAAGACCUUAUCGGCUCAUACAAUCUACAAUCAUAUCAAGUGUAUUUGUUUAACUCGGGACGAGAGGCACCUUGUAGCUUCGACUGAUAGUGACAAGUCUGUCCUUGUUUUUAGAGUCAGCAAGGAACCCUGGAAGGAAAAUGAACCUUGGAAGGAGAAUGAACCCCUUAAGGAGAAUGUGUUGAAAUUGGUCAAGAGACAGCGCAUGCAAAAGAGACCAAGCUCAAUUACGACAUUUGAAGAUGUGGCUAUUAUUGCCGAUAAAUUUGGUGAUGUUUAUACUGUUGGCAUAGAUGAGAAUGAGCCAGUAAAAGAAGAUUCUAUGGAGCCAAUAUUGGGACAUGUGAGCAUGUUGACUGAUCUUGUCGUGGGACAAAAUAGAAAAGGUAAACCGUUUUUGAUCACGAGCGAUAGGGAUGAACAUAUACGGAUAUCAAAUUAUCCAAAGUCGUACGUAAUCAAAAGUUAUUUACACAAACAUUGUGAAUUUGUCUCCCUGUUAUUGAUGAUUGAAAAUGGCGAGGUGUUGGUUUCUGGUGGUGGUGACGACUCAAUUAUGGUUUGGGAUUGGUACGAGGGAAAAUUAUUGGAUGAAUUUGAUUUAAAACCAUAUGUAUUUCCGUUUUUGAAUCAUCUAGAAGAAGAAGAAGCAAAGGAAGAAAAAGAGUAUCUCAAAGAGAAAAGUAAACAGGGCGAAGAGGGAGUAGAGCAAAAGGAACCAGCUUACAAGAUUUGUAUACUGAAAAUGGAAUCAUUAAAGACGGAAAACGGCGAAUUUGUGAUUGUUCUAGUCGAAAACACACCUUGCUUGGUUGUUUUGCAAUAUGACCAUAAGGAGAAAAAAGUAUGGUUUGUUCAAAAUCUCGACUUGGGCUCUACUGUGGUAGUAACCUUUACGGUUUUGAAAGAAAACAUAAUUGUAUCUUUGGACUCUCAAGAUAAAAUCUUGCAAUUUUUCAAAUUCAUUGAUGGGAAACUCACCGUUGACGAAUCAAAGGAACAAGUCUUGGAAAAAAUGGUGGAAUCUAAUCCAGUCGAUGUUGACGAACUUGAUCCUGCUCAAUUGUAUCCCGUUGCUGCUCUUCGCAAGAAGGGCGAGCAUUAG